CCAAAGUGUAGUAUAAAUAGGACCUCUAUGGUUGCCCAAAGGCACAUAACAAACAACAAUAUUCUACGUAGUAGUUCAUAGAAUUAUCUAAGAUGAUGAUGAAAAGAAUGGGGGCUUGGAUCAUGUUGCUAGCAUUAUUGACUUUGGUUGGCGAAUGGUAUGGUCGUUGUUAUGGAUGUUUGGAGGAAGAGAGAAUUGGUCUCUUGGAGAUCCAAUCUUUGAUCGACCCACAUCGCCUUUCCUUGGGAGAUUGGGUGGACAGUAGUAAUUGUUGUGAGUGGCGUGGGAUCGAGUGUGAUAACACUACACGGCGAGUGAUCCAACUCUCUCUUAAUGAUGCAAGGGAUUUCAGAUUGGGCGAUUGGGUUCUCAACGCAUCUUUGUUUCUGCCUUUCAAAGAAUUGCAAAGUCUCGAAUUGGGAGUGAAUAGUUUGGUUGGUUGCAUGGAGAAUGAAGGCUUCGAAGUCCUAUCAUCAAAACUGAGGGAACUUGACCUAUAUGAUAACCGAUUUAAUAAUGAUAAAAGCAUUUUGUCAUGUUUCAAUGGUAACCUUUCCACUCUCAAGUCUUUGGAUCUAUCAAGAAAUGAGUUGACAGCUGGAUCAGGUUUUGAGAUCAUAUCAUCACAUUUGGGGAAACUCGAGAACCUUGACCUGACCUCUAAUAAUAUAUUCAACGACAGCAUUUUCUCACAUCUGCGUGGAUUUUCAUCCCUCAAGUCUUUAAAUCUAUCAUAUAAUGAGUUGACAGGAUCGACGAUUGUCAAUGGGACUUUCUUCAAUUCUAGCACCCUUGAAGAAUUGCAUCUAGAUCGUACUUCUCUCCCAAUAAACUUUCUCCAGAACAUUGGAGCAUUGCCUGCUCUUCAAGUCUUGUCUGUUGGUGGAUGUGACCUCCAUGGCACCCUACCCGCUCAAGGUUGGUGUGAAUUGAAGAAUCUGAAGCAGUUAGAUAUCUCUGGAAAUAAUUUAGGAGGUUCACUCCCAGAUUGUAUGGGAAACUUGUCAUCUCUACAACUAUUAGAUGUUUUUAAUAACCAGUUUACUGGAAAUAUUGCCUCUGGUCCUCUUACUAACAUCAUAUCCCUUGAAUUCCUUUCACUAUCAAAUAACCUCUUUGAAGUUCCCAUUUCAAUGAAGCCUUUUAUGAACCACUCAAGCCUCAAGUUCUUCUCCAGUGAGAACAACAGACUAGUAACAGAACCUGUUGCCUUUGAUAAUUUGAUUCCAAAGUUCCAACUAGUCUUUUUUAGCUUGUCAAAAACAACGGAAGCACUCAAUGUAGAAAUUCCUGACUUCCUCUAUUACCAAUACGACUUAAGAAACCUUGAUCUCUCCCACAACAACAUCACCGGAAUGUUUCCAUCGUGGUUGCUUAAGAACAAUACACGAUUGGAGCAACUAUAUCUGAGUGACAACUCCUUUGUUGAUGCUUUGCAGUUGCAAGAUCACCCAUAUCCGAAUAUGACCUUAUUAGAUAUAUCCAACAACAACAUGAACGGUCAAAUUUCAAAAGAUAUUUGUUUGAUCUUUCCAAAUCUAAACAGCUUAAUGAUGGCUAAGAAUAGAUUCACAGGUUGUAUUCCUUCUUGUUUAGGAAAUAUUAGCUCUUUGACAAUUUUAGAUUUAUCCAACAAUCAGUUGUCCACAGUAAAACUAGAACAACUAACAACAAUAGGGUUUCUCAAGCUGUCAAACAACAAUUUGGGUGGGCAAAUACCGACCUCGGUGUUCAAUUCUUCUAGCCUGAAUUUUCUCUACCUAAGUGGUAACAACUUUUGGGGUCAGUUAUCAGAUUUUCCAUUAUGUGGGUGGAAAAGGUGGAUUGUAUUGAAUUUGAGCAACAAUCAAUUUUCAGGCAUGCUUCCAAGGUGCUUCGUCAAUUCUACGCAACUAAGCGCAGUUGAUUUGUCCAAAAACCAUUUUAAGGGUCCGAUCCCAAGAGACUUUUGUAAGCUUGACCAGCUUUUAUAUUUGGACCUUUCUCAGAACAACUUGUCUGGAUAUAUACCAUCUUGUUUCAGUCCACGGACUCUAAUCCAUGUGCAUCUAUCCAAAAAUAGAUUGAGCGGUCCAUUAACAUAUGGUUUUUAUAACAGCUCUUCCCUGGUUACGAUGGAUCUUCAAGACAAUAGCUUCAUCGACUCCAUUCCAAAUUGGAUUGGCAAUCUUUCAUCAUUGAGUGUUCUUCUUCUGAGGGCUAAUAACUUUGAUGGUGAGCUCCCUGUUCAGUUAUGCUUGUUAGAACAAUUAAGCAUUUUGGAUGUUUCACAAAACCAGCUCUCUGGUCCACUACCCUCCUGUUUGGGCAAUCUUACUCUCAAGGAAAGUUCCCAGAAAACGCUCGCAGAUCUCGGAUUUGGUUUUCCGUCAUGGUCCAUAGAAAAAGCUUAUUAUGAAACAAUGGGUCCAUCACUAGAGGAUAGUAUGUAUAACUUGGGAAAGGAUUUUUGGGUUAACUUUACAGAAGAAGUGAUAGAAUUUACAACUAAAAAUAUGUAUUAUGGUUACAAGGGGAAAGUUCUGAGCUACAUGUAUGGUAUUGAUCUCUCCAAUAACAACUUCGUAGGAGCAAUCCCACCAGAAUUUGGAAACUUGAGUAAGAUACUGUCAUUAAACUUAUCACACAACAAUCUCACUGGAUCUAUCCCUGUAACAUUCUCAAACCUAAAGCAGAUUGAGAGUUUGGAUCUUUCUUACAACAACUUGAAUGGUGCCAUCCCUCCACAACUUACUGAAAUUACCACACUGGAAGUUUUUAGUGUGGCGCACAAUGAUUUGUCAGGAAAGACACCCGAGAGAAAAUAUCAGUUUGGGACCUUCGAUGAAAGCUGUUACGAAGGAAAUCCUUUCUUAUGUGGACCUCCAUUGCGAAAAAAUUGUAGUGAGGAAGCAGUGCCAUCCCAGCCAGUGCCUAAUGAUGAACACGGAGAUGAUGGUUUCAUAGACAUGGAGUUUUUCUACAUCAGCUUCGGUGUAUGUUACACAGUUGUGGUAAUGACAAUUGCAGCAGUUCUUUACAUCAAUCCAUAUUGGCGACGCAGGUGGUCGUACUUCAUCGAAGACUGCAUAAAUACUUGCUACUAUUUUGUGGUGGCUAGUUUUCGCAAGUUCUCCAACUUGAGAAGGUGAAUUUGUUACUGGGAAGAUGAUUGUUCCUAGUUUAUCAUGAUUGUUUGUCUAGUUAUUGGGUGCUUAAUUUGUAGUGUACCGUCUCUAUAUCAAAUAUAUAAACUGGACUUCUCAUUCCUGAACCAUUAGGAAGGGAGCUGAUUUGGAUUGUUGGUUGACUCGGGUGUGAUUAGUCUUUCAACUCUCAAGACUUGUCUGAAAAAAAAUUGCCAAAACCACUACUAAGUAGAAAAAAAAAAUUCUAUGUGUUGCUAAUCAAUUUUUGAUUCAUGUUUUCGGUAAAUUUUCAAAAAAAUUUAAAAAUAAUAAAAAAACAUUAAAAAUCCAAAAAAUAUAUUUUUUAAUAUAUUUGCAUCGUUUUAGCAUUUUCAGCAUUGUCUCAAAAAAAUUUAAAUUUUAAAAGAUCUUUGAAACGCGUUUAAACAAGUUGUUUUUAAAUCACCGAUUUUUCUCAUUUUAAGUCGGUAAGAAAAAUCCAAAAAAACAAGAAAAAUCAAAUUUUACAAAAAAAAAAAAAGUUAAAGGACCAAUUUUAAGGCCCAAACAAUAUUUUUAUCUAGAAAAUUUUAAAUAUUAAAGAGAAAGGCAAAAAAAAGAAAAAAGGGAACCCUUAAGAACUUUUUUCUUCACCCGAAACCAGCCGCUCCCCUAGCCCAGGACCAUUUGAUCCCUCUCUUUCGGCUGAAAAUCAGGAACUCAGCCCCCCCCCCCCCCCAGUUGGUCUUCUUUUUCAUUUUCCAGCCGACAGAAGGCCCCUCCUUUUGGCUUUUCUUCUUCCCCGCAGCAGCUGGCGACAGGACUGAUGGUCCCCGGUCCCACUUCCUUCCCCGCUGCUCCCUUUUCCUUCAUAUAUGCAGACUUGACGUAUGGGACAAGAGAGGGGGGAAAGAGACAGGGCUGGCUCUCUUCUGGUUUCUUGCCCAGCCGCCCCUUCCUGGUGAUGUUUUUUUCUUCCCUUCUCCAGCCGAAACCAGGGAAGCAAGGCAAUCCUCCCCCUCUGUUCAUUAAUCCUCCUCUCCCCUGCAGAACGCUCCCCACGUUUUAAGCUCCUUCUCCCCUGCCACCACAUCCGAAGACGAGCCCCUUCGUCUCCCUCCCCAGCUUGAAAUUUUUUCCCCUUCACAGCUGCCAUCCACUUCCCUCUGCUCCGCCAGCCUCAGCGCCUCUAUUUUUCCCUUCAAUCGACAGACCCACACAGCCGAACAGCCCUCACACACAUCUCCCCUCCCCUUUGAUUUUCUUCUUCUCCUCAGCAGCCGGCAACAAACCCACAGCCGCCUCCUUUCUCCUCCACAGAAAUUGAACAGCUCCCCUUCUAUUUUCACCCAUCUUCUCCACAGACCGGACACCCAUUUCUUCUCAUCUUCAGCCUUCCACCUCUGCCUCUCCACCCUCACAGCAGACCACCACAAACCGCUCAUAACAGCCACCCCUUUUUCCCAGUUUUUUUUCCCGAUCUCAUCUCCAUCUUCCAGGCCAUCUCCCCUCAGCCACAACCUCUCCUCUCAUAGCUGAACACCAUAACAGCCCAUCUCCUCCAGCCGCUCACAGCAGACGCCCAGCCAAGACCCUCUCCUCAAACAGAUCUUCACCGCAGUUUCAACAGCCCCAACAACACCUCCCGCUGCCUCCUCAGCAGUGACAGCCUCCACAGGAGCAAGCCGCCGCCUUCCAGCUUCUUCACCGGCCAACAGCAGUCCUCCUUCCUCCAGCGGCGCCCACAGAAGCAGCCCCACUCCCAUCCGAGAACCGACCGCCGGAUCUGCAACCGGCAGAGAAGAAACGAACCAAAGGAAGGCAGAAAACAGAAGUGAAACAAAGGAAAUAAAAAACUAAAAUCUACUGUUUUUGUGUUGCUUUUCUUGUUCUGCAGGAUGCCGGCAGUUUAGGAGGACAGAGAGGGGAGGAAACAUUCCCCAGCCCCUGUUUGUUUUUUUUCCGGCUCACGCGCCGCCAGUGGUCAUACGGGUCCAAAAGGUUUCCCUGCACUGUAAAGGAUUUAUAGGGGUCUGUUUUGUAAUUUCCAAAGUGUUUGAUGUAAUUUUUGUUUAGUUACUGAAUUUUUCUAAUUUGUAAAAAAAAAAAAGAAGAAAGAAAAGAAAAAGGAAAAAGAAAAGAUAUAGUCAAAAGUAUGGGUGUGUUUGUAUGUUUUUUUUAUGGAUGUUUUUUUUUUAUAAUAAAAUUGCAAAGAUUGAAGAAGAAUUUAAUA